CGCAACCGGGACAGGAAGAACCGAAGUAGGCAGGCGGCGGAAAGUGCCGAAGCGGCGGGGAGCCCGAGGCCGUUGCCGACCUCCGCAUAGCACCCGCGCCUGCCGCGGAAGCUGAGCCUCCACCGGUACCCUGCCACCGUCAGCGCGGCUGCCACCUCCUCCUUCCACCUCACCACAGCCUCCUCGCAAAGGGAACAAGUAGGCGGGAGAGCGGCGGACCCGGGAAGGCCGGCGUCCUCAGCCACAGCGGGGCCUCGCAAGACCUGAGCGGAAGAGGGGGAGAAGGGCGCGGGGGCCGAAGCAGGGGCGGGGCCGAGGAUCGCCGAGUCUUCCCGAGCGCCUCCGAACUCACCCGAGGCGCUAAGCCAGGCCAGGAGCCGGACUACGGAAGCCGAGGCGGGCCGUGUGGUGGGCGCGGAGCAGAGCGGCAGGCCGGGCGGGCGGCAGCGGAGGAGGCCGCGGCAGCGGGUCCGAGAAGCGGAAGCGGCGCAGGAGGCGGCGGGGGGGCCGGGUGGCCGGGGUCCCGGGCCCCGCGGCGGCUGCGGCGGCGGCGGCGGCGGCAGGAUGAUCAAGCUCUUCUCGCUGAAGCAGCAGAAGAAGGAGGAGGAGUCGGCUGGCGGCACCAAGGGCAGCAGCAAGAAGGCGUCGGCGGCGCAGCUCCGGAUCCAAAAGGACAUUAACGAGCUGAACCUGCCUAAGACUUGUGACAUCAGCUUCUCAGACCCAGACGACCUCCUCAACUUCAAGCUGGUUAUCUGUCCUGAUGAGGGCUUCUACAAGAGUGGGAAGUUUGUGUUCAGUUUUAAGGUGGGACAAGGUUAUCCUCAUGAUCCCCCCAAGGUGAAGUGUGAGACAAUGGUUUAUCAUCCCAACAUUGACCUCGAGGGCAACGUCUGCCUCAACAUCCUCAGAGAGGACUGGAAGCCAGUUCUUACGAUAAACUCCAUAAUUUAUGGCCUGCAGUAUCUCUUCUUGGAGCCCAACCCCGAGGACCCACUGAACAAGGAGGCCGCCGAGGUCCUGCAGAACAACCGGCGGCUGUUUGAACAAAACGUGCAGCGCUCCAUGAGAGGUGGUUACAUCGGGUCCACCUACUUCGAGCGCUGCCUGAAAUAGGGUUAGCAAAUACCCAUCCCUGCCAGGGUUACCAGCCCAGGCAUCCCCUGCAAAUAUUUAUUGGGGGCCCGGGUAGGGUGUGUGGGGUAGCCUUGGCUCCUGCCUUGGCCUUGCCUCUCCUUCCUGUCACCUGCCCCUAGUUAUUUUUUUUAACCACCACAUGAUUAUGGUCGGCGCUGCCUCCUCCCGACCUGCUCAGCGAUGGGAAAUGAAUUGGCUUGUUUAGCGCCCCCCCUCCCGCUGGGUGCUGUCCAACACCCCACUCUUGACUGUGGGGUAAGUGGGCAACGGGCCUGGGUCGCUGGGCCCAAGCAACCCACCCCACCACCACUGGAGGUCCCACCAGGCUAUUAAAGGGGAAUGUUACUGCA